CCCUUACUUACUCGUACUUACUCGUUCUUUCGAGUAGUAAUAGCUGAGCAGCAUGCUUGUGCUCAUCAUUUUUGUGUCGGUUCUUGUACUUUACUGGUACUUCCAAACGAAACUGCCCGACGACUAUCCACCCACUCCUCCAAUACGGCUACCAAUUCUUGGUCAUGCAGUGUACUUAUAUUUUGGAACCAAAGCCAGUGGGGCCGAGGCCAUUGACGCACUCUAUCAAAGAUAUUCCAAGGAUGGUAUUAUGGCCUUCCACUUGGGGCCAUUCAAGACCGUCAUCAUUGGAAAUUACGAGCUCCUUCAGCAAUGUUUCAAGUCGGAGGAAACUAACUACAGGCAUGCCAACCAAGAAAUCGUGGAUCUGGCUAAAUAUGUUCGUAACAGCCCGUUAGGUAAUGCGGGGAUCAUUGAAGGCAGUGACAUGGUUUGGACUGAACAAAGAAGAUUCGCUUUGUCAACGCUUAAGGACUUUGGAUUUGGCAAGGCCAGCAUGGAGAUCCUGAUCAAUGAGGAACUAAUUCAAUUCAUGGAUUACCUUGAAGAGCAGUCCCAAUCAGGACCCAUUGCCGUUGCCAAUAUGUUCAAUAUCAGCGUUUUGAAUAUACUGUGGCAAAUAGUGGCAGGCCAACGAUUCGACUAUCACGAUAAAGCUCUCAACAAACUCGUGGUCAUGAUGAAUGAGGCCAUUCUUUCAGCUGGAAUCAAGCCGUCUUUGGCUCUUAUCUUCCCCUUCCUUCGAACGAUAUACCCUGGCAUUGACCCAGUUGUUGUGAAUAGUGAAAUCAUGUUGAAGGUAAAGAAUUUCUUGACUGAUUUGGUACUUGAGCACAAGGCCACAUUUGAUCCCUUGAACAUUCGUGAUUUCAUCGACGCCUAUCUUUUGGAAACUUCGCGGACUAUAAACUCCGAAUCUUCGUUUCAUGAGUCGAAAGGAAAUGAAAUUCUUUUACAAACCCUCAUUGACCUGUUUUUUGCUGGCUCAGAAACAACAAGCUCAACUCUCACCUGGGGAAUCGUGUAUCUCAUCCGGAAUCCUGAUAUUCAAUCCAAUAUUCAACAAGAAUUGGAUGAUGUUAUUGGAACAGACAGAAUGAUCUCCCUUUUGGAUCGCACAAAACUGCCUUACUUGGACGCAACUAUUUUAGAAAUUCAGAGGCUGGGUGAUGUCGUGCCCAAUGGCCUAGUCCACGCCACUCCAAACAAGGCAAUCAAGAUUGGGAAAUACAUUAUUCCGACAGGUCACAUGAUCCAGGGGGAUUUUUCAGAAAUUAUGCAAGACCAAUCCUACUGGAAAGACGCUCGAUAUUUUAAACCCGAGCGUCAUCUUGACGAUAAAAAACGUGUGGUUGUUGACAAGCGACUUAUACCUUUUUCGAUGGGAAAACGUCGGUGUCCAGGAGAGAGUUUGGCCAAGUCACAGUUAUUUUUGUUCCUGGCCAAUUUGCUACAAAGGUUUCAAUUCUUGCCUGAAAAACACGGCAUUUACCCCAGUAUUGAUUGCGUGGUGGGGGUUACCAAGGUACCACUUCCCUUUAAGAUGACAAUCAUAAGAAGAAACAAAUGUUCUUCCUGAAGCUGUGCGAAAAGUAAUAAAAUCUAUCUAUGACCAUGA